GUCAAUACCAACGGCGUUAUUUCGUUUUUAAUAAAUGUAAACCAGUUCACACCAGAAAGAUUUCCCCUUGGUGAUGGACGACGGUUGGUGGCGCCAUUUUGGGGUGAUGCUGAUACUCGUACCACAGGAAAGGUUUUCUAUCGUGAAACGUCUGAUCGCAACCUCCUAAUUAAGGCAGCUACUGACAUUACAUCAAUUUAUGUUGAAUGUAAAGCUUUCAGACCUGCGUGGCUGAUGAUUGCAACAUGGUAUGAAGUACCUUUCUAUGGCGCUCGAGGGAAUUAUACAGACAGGGUAUGAUGAAUUAUUCAGAGUACGUCUCACAUAACAAUCUGAUAUACCACGAGGAAAUUGCUGGUGUUCUUUAGUAAUAAAACGUGGUCUGGAAUUGGUAAACAAACAACCUAAGCUAGAAAGGUCUAUUCCUCGCCUUCCGUUAGUAAUACAGCUGAAAAUCAGUUUUUUUGGCCAAAAAACAGAUAUGAGUAGCUUUUUUAAUGUUUUAUCGGUACUAAGCGUUUUUCUCUUGAUUGAUAUUGACAACUUAUUUUUUCCUAGGAGGGGACUCUAUAAAUUUAAAGAGGUAAAUUCUGGGGCCAAAUCACCCCUCAAAUCGGUCAUUUAGGCAAAAUUUACGCAUCUUUUGCAUUUAUUUUCAUUUUGUGACGUCAUAUUUUGACAUUUUGAUGUCAAAAUAUAUUCAAAUUGGCUUAAUAUUUUUUACUUUUAGGCCAAAUUUGGUAAGGAAAGAGUCAGAGCUAACAAAGUUAUUGUAAAUUAACCAAACUUGAGACACUUGUGACCGAUUUGGGGGUGGUAUGGCCCCGGCGUAAUCUCAAUGUAAACAAUUGACAUGAAAGACAUGAAAUGACAGACAUGAAAGGGAACCUACUUUAACAUGCAAGCAAAAUACGUUUAAGCGAAAUUCAUUUUUGGUGCACAAUCACCCCUUCAUUUACACAGUUUCAAAAUUACUUUCAUCGCAAUCAAACUUGUAUGGCAAUACCCCAACACAUUUUGUUUUAGCGCUUUGAGUUGAAAAAUAGGAUUAGAAAUGAAAUAUGCGAUAACUUCAGACGCUAGCGCUUAAACUUCAUUACAAAAAUCAAGAGUUUAUUUCUUUCAUUUUACAAAGUGGUUGUUUUAUCGGAGCCUCCGCGCCCCCGAAGCGCGCACAGCGUAGCACCGUGGGUAAUAAAAUUUGGUAAACUAUCCAUCCGAGAAAAUUGGGUUAUGACGUCACCGUACGGACGCUCCGAGUAGGGGUAAGUGGAAACGAAUUCCUCCCCUCUCCCCUAGAGAGUUCUGUCCCCUAUUGUUUCAAGAUUGACAAAUCAGAAUCUGUCAACUGACCAAAUGCUUGGUGGAUUUUAGGGGGUUAUGGAUGAUUUCAGAAAAAAUGUCCUGCAGACUGAUUUCGAGAGGAAAAAAGCAAGCACAUAAAUUCCUGGGAAAUAAGUAGCCUGCACUGAAAAAAAUAUCGCUCAUGACGCAUAAUGCUGAAAAAAAAGAUCUUACACUGUUAUAUGUCAGGGAAAAAAUUUCUAACUCCAGAGAGGUUUGGGAAAAAAUUCUUCCCCAAACUAAAUCAGUAAAAUCACCCAUACCUCACUCCCCCUCAAACGUCCAAUGGGUAAUGUCAACCAUUUAGGGGGUGAGGGAAGAAACGGAUUUGACACCUUAGUAAAUAUCGUCCAUCAACAAAAUGGCUCGCACGCGUUCAUCAUGUGGUGGUUUUCAAGACUAAAGCUUUGCAUUUCAAGAUUGAAAAUAUGCCGAUAAAAGACACAAAUGGAAAGAGAAAGUUAAAAAAGAUGCUCAGUUUCCUUUUUGUAGACAAACGAAACCUUUUCGCUAUUAAAUUGUCUUUCGAGGAAUUCAACCUUGUUCUACACGGCAGAUCGGAGCGCUUGGCUUGUUUUGAACCAACCAAGGCAGCGAGGUUUCUGAAGACACUCGAGGUACAUUCCAUACUCUUUGAUCAAAGAAAAGUACGUUUUUAAAAGGGAAUUUUAUAUUUAUAAAAGUUUCAUGGACGUCCUCUAUAUUUUGACAUCGGCGUGAAAGAAAAACCGCAAAAUGUGCAUUUGAAAUUGAUUUUUUGGCACGUGCUCGACCGAUUUAACUUGCGUGAACAAAAAAACGACCAUGAGCUUACAGAUCGUGAGAUUUUUAGAAAUGUUUGAAUUUAAACUGAAGUGUUGUUUUUGUACUUGUUCCGCAUUGAAUUGCUAUUCAUUUUCUCAUUCAUUACCUGCCAUUCAAGAAUUUUGCAGUGUGUAGAAUUCAAGAAUUUCUGCAGUUUGCAGUGUGCAGUGUGCAGGGUGCUGCUCUUUUUCCAUAACUUGUGGCCUGAAUACAGCUGAAUACCGCUUGAAUUAAGUUUACUGCGAUUGUUUUCAGUUGUUUGUUUACGGCUUUAUAUUCUCACUGUAAAACUGAGCUUAUUUAAAAAAUGAAGAAGUUCUCCUCUAUUCUAAAUCGGACAGACUGGUCGGCUUUUCGAGCCCGAGUUUGUCUUUUUUUUUUUAUAAGAAAAAAAGUUGUAAGUUACUGUAUUAACGAUUAUAUUUGUAGUGAAAGAUUGGAUUAUAGUUAUUAGUAGCGAAAAAGGUUAUCUUUUGCUUUCUUAUGUCUUCCUCAGAGAAAAUAUUAUACACCUUACGUUAAAAUUUUCUUUCAGAUAUUGUGAGGUAUAAAUGUAAAGGCUAUACACAUAACUGUUCGUCCGGGCCCGUUUAAAAAAAAAAGAAAAGAAAAGAAAAUACAAUGGGCUUGCGGGCAGACAAGUCGGCCUGAUUUUCCUUUUAGGUCUUUCCUUAAACACAAAAACACCGACCCUAGAAAUCGUAGGGUGGGCCGGAAGUUCUAAGAACGGCUCACAGGAUUGGUUUAGAUAACAAUAGAUAGCCCUAACCAAAACAAAACUAACAAUGAACCCCAACUCUGAAACAAUAGAGCUUCGGGCCAACAAGAACCUAUCAAAUUAGACGUUCUAAAGAGGUUCUUGCCAACGGAAAUCGUAACCUGUAAAUUGCUGCUACUUAAGAGACCUACAUUUAAUUUGUUUGCAGGAUGUUUUUUCUUAAUCAUUUAGCCCCUAAAGAUGUGAAGAUUUUUUUUUUUUUUUUUUUGGCUUAGAGUUCAUGUUAUUACUUUAAAUUAUUUGAUUGCUUUUAUCAUAAGCAUAGAAACGGAGGCCUCGCUUUUAGCCCUGGCUAAAUCUAUAUAUUAUAUUUAAGCAAUAGACCACUUGCACUAAGAGGUCACGUAACCAAUGCUUCCUUUAAAUAAUGAGUAGGAAUCUUGCUGAUGCCAAAAAUUGACAGAGCACAUAAAAAUUAUCUUACAUCCGAAAUCUGAGAGGAAACGCAUUUAAAGGAGAUAUUUUAUGGCACUUUGUUUUUUCAACAAAGUAGUAUGAUUUGUAUUGGCCGCCAUGUUGGAGGGCAUACUCUUGCCCUCCAGUUGCCCUGCAAUUAGUUUUAGUCUCACUUUAACUGCCAAAUUGUGUUGCUGUUAGCUAAGAAGUCUUCUCUUUGCAUUUUCUAGUACAACACUUUUCAGGCGGUUCUUGUUACAAACGGAAUACAUUCUUUUGUGUUAUUCAAUUAUAAUGAACUUACGUGGACUACUGGAACCGCAAGUCAGGGAAACAGUUCCGGCUUAGGAGGAAUACCAGCUCAGGUGCAAGUAUCUCCCUGCCUAAUUCACUAGGUGGUUUAUUUAUAAUUAGUUCUCAAACAAAUGCGAUGCGAAUUGCAUCAGUUUCAGUAAUGAACAGCGAGUCGCGUUCAUUAUUUUUAUCGCCUUCAGAAUUUAAUUUAAUUUAAUUACUUUUCUUUUACUUUGUUAAAAGUGGAUAUUUCUCGGUGUCCCAAUAGUCAAACAGAUUACGCUUUUUGUAACUUCAAUAGGGCCAUUUAUACGAGGAAAAAUAAGACGCGUCUUAGCUAAGUCGCGUCUUAUUUUAGACGAAAUGUGCCGUUUAUACGGAAAGUUCGCGUCUUGUGUAAGACGCGUCUUAUUUUUCCUCGUAUAAAUGGCCCUAUUGAAACCAUGAAGGAUGUGGUGUAGGCGUGAAACGAAACUGAAAAAUGUGUUUAUUACUAUACCAGGAGCACCCAACGACCAAAUCUUUCCAAAUAACUCAGAAAUUUCACUAUGUUUGUAGCGGUCUAUUUUUUAAUUUCGAGAUGCCUAAAAACUCUCUCUAUCUGUUCGGAUGUUUAAGGAGAACUUUGGCUGUCUCGAAAGUUUUAGGGUACUUUUUCUUCUCAUCCGAAGUUUUAGUUAUCCCGACGGGUCUUGUAGAAACUGUGAGGACGCGAAGCAGUCGUACUUUCGAAAGCCAAUACUUAAGGGGACAUUUUUUGUUUAUACCGAAAUUUUCAGGUGAGUUAACUUUUAUUGCUCAUAAUCGCCAAAUCUUUGGAAGAAAAUGUGAACUUCACUUUGCAUAAGGGAUGAUCCACUUCCGCAAAUCGUAAGGAAGUUUGAAACUCCAAAUAUCUUAGAUGAACUGAGCCUUUAUCCAGAAAUAUAUAUAUAUGUUUUUUCUUGAGCUAUAGAAAUUUCUAGAAUGAAAUUCGUUAAGUGCCCCCACCAUACACUUAAUCAGUAAAAAGAUUCAAAAGCUCCUCGUGACUGUUUUGAGCGCUAGCUCUUCGUCAGGUGACUCCGACAACAGAGCAACAAUUGGUCCAUAGUGUAGUGUUCUUCCGGUAGUGUUUGAAUGCCGUUUUAAGCCUUAGCGUUUAAACGUAAGCAAAAGUUUGAAUUGCAACUUCUUUUUCUCUGACAGGCAGGCUACAACGCUGGUGAUGGACUGAGAUUUUUUAACAUCCCUGGGUCUGGUACCCACGAAGUACUUGAACUUCCUUACACGUCCAAUAUUGAGAGGCCAGGUCGGUGGAUGUAUCGCGUUGAUAGUAAACCAGGA